UGUAUGCUUUGUGUCUGCAAGCAGCAGGCGAGAGGUAAUUCAUUACACCAAUGGUGUGAUGUCUUCUGGGAUCACAUAGAAAUUGCUGCUGCUCACAGUUUGAAGAAGAACUGGCCUGGCCACAUGUUUCCAUCAGAACAUGGCAGGAGCACAGUCCAGCCCUCUGACCACUUGCGUGGUGAACACAAGUGAUGGAGUCCCCGCCGCCAAGAUCGCCCUGAGCUUGCAUCGACUUGACACCAGCCUGAUGAUUUGGACUUUGAUCAGUGUUGGGACAACAAAUGAAGAUGGCUGCUGCCCAGGACUGAUCAGUCAGGAAGCUUUCAUCCCUGGCAUGUACAAGCUGCGUUUUGAGACUGGUUUAUAUUGGGAGCGACUGGGAAAGACGUCAUUCUACCCCUAUGUAGAGACUGUGUUCACCAUCCAGAACCCAGCGCAGAAGUUUAAUCUCCCUCUGCUGAUGAGCCCCUUCUCCUACAGCACCCACAGAGGGAACUGAAGCUCUGACGUGGCAGACAGCCUUCUCUGCUGUCACAUUUGCAUUUUAGCAAUAUCGUGUCUUCAGGUUUUUCUGGCCCCUGACUCCCCCGUCUCUUGGUUCUUGUCCUGUUGUUUGACAUAGAAUACAGUGUGCACAGUUAUGAAUCAACUGUGAAACAGAUUCUGCUUCAGCUUUGUUUGCUAAAAGAGAAGAGCUACAAGAUCUGAGAGCAUCUGCAUUGGAGAAUUUAAACUCCUUGAGGGAGUUUCCCUAUGUGGAAAUCAUGCUGGUCUUCUCAUAGAUGCAAACAUAACGUUACAAUUCAGAAGUUGCUGUA